AUGGUUCAAUCUAGUAAUAAAAGACGUAGAACAGAAAUGGAACAGGUCACACCUACUUCACAACAGUAUGGUGGGGCUCCAUAUGAAUCAACGAUCCAAGCCUCAGAUACUGGGAUUGAUCAAUCGGGAAUAAAUUAUAAUGAUGAAAAUUGUUUAAAUAAUACGACGGAUAAUAAUAACCUUUAUGGUAACGAUGCAAUGAAUUCGAAUCAUAAUCAAACUCAUGAUAAUUAUGGUAUUUUAAUUAUAAUUAUGAAUGUAAACGUAAAUGGACCUUCUCUUCCUCCUCCUCAACGAAAUAAUUAUGUGAUAAAUCCUGUUCCGACUGAAAAUAUCAAUUUGAACACUCAACCAAGAGGAUCAAUUGUAAAUUUUACUAAUCAUGAGACAAAUCUAGAUAUUCAGCAAAGAGCUACUCAAAUUCGACAACGACCUUUAUUACCAAAUACAGCAUUAAUAACUAGUAAUAAUUGUGGUCAGAAUUAUGGAGGAGGAGGAGAUUCAUUACAAUAUCCAAAUACAUUCAGCGAAGCAUGCGAUUUAUUGAUUAAACAAUAUCGUAAUAAUGACAUUUAUUCUCUAGAAAAUGAAGCACGUUUGAUUAAAUGUCUUGAGAUUGUGAAGAAAAAUAUUUACCAAAAUCAAAGUGCCGCAAUAAAUGUUUUUAUAAAUUUUAAACCUUACAUUACACAAAUUAACACACCUACAAAUAAAAUUGCUUCUAAUUAUCGUUCAAGAUCCAGUUCAUAUUUAUCACCAAAUUAUGAUCCCAGUUAUACUCAUAGAGUUAUAAGUAAUGCUUGGGGUCCAGUAAUGCUUCCUUAUGAUAAUUUCGAGAAUGGAGGACAUAAUUCAAUAAAUAACAUUUAUAAUAGUUUUUAUGUUUCUCAAGAUCAAUACGAUCGAAUUUUGAGAGCAAAUACUCCAAAACCAGGGUCAAAUUUUUCAAUAGAAGAAAUGCCAAUCACCUAUCGCUUAAUUUGUCGUAAAUCAGGUUGCCUAAAUUAUGAGAACAUGUGUGAUUGGCCUGAAGAAUCCAUACACGCAUUUGAAAAACGUUCUUAUUAUGAUCGUGAUAAUUAUGAACAUUUUGAAGGAAAUGAUAGUUCUGUUGACAUUUCGAGUUAUAUCUUAUCUGGUAUAAACAAAAUUAUUUUAAAACAAUGUUUCUGUGAUAUUUGUCAUAAGAAAUUGAGUCAAUAUGUACUUGUAAUAGAAGUACAAAUUAGAGAAACGCGUGAUUUCAUUAUGUACUGGGCUAGAUCUCAAUUAAUAUCGGAUUCCGUCGGAAAAUCUCUAGUUCAACAUUUAACUGGUACUUCAUCACCAUCAAUGGCUGCGGAUGAUGAUUUAAUUGUGACAAGUAAUUUGAACAUAGAUUUAAGGUGUCCAUAUACUUAUACAAGAAUCAAAGAACCCGCACGAGUAUUUAAACGACUUGAAUUGGAUAAUAAACGAAAAGAAUUAUGGAUGUGCCCGAUUUGCGAGUAA